AUGGCCGUGGGUGAGAUUCGGCGCCUAGAGCCACCAGGAGCCUUAGCUCACCGCUCACUCUCGGUGUGGGGAGGUUUUGGGGGGCUGGAUCCUGGUUCCAGCCAGGCCCUAACACUGGCCUGGUCUUUGCAGAGUGGCGGGUAUGAUCUCAACCUCUUCGCCAGCCCUCCUGACUGCAACUUCCUGUGCUCUGUCUGCCAUGGGGUUCUCAAGAAGCCAGUGAGGUUGCCUUGCAGCCACAUCUUCUGCAAGAAGUGCAUCCUCCAUUGGCUAGCCAGACAAAAGACCUGUCCAUGCUGCAGGAAAGAGGUGAAACGGAAAAAGAUGGUCCAUGUAAACAAACUCCGGAAGACCAUUGGCCGCCUGGAAGUCAAGUGCAAGAACGCUGAAGUGGGCUGCCUGGUGACAUGCCCCUUGGCCCAUCGGAAGGGGCACCAGGACUCAUGCCCUUUCGAGCUGACGGCCUGCCCCAACGAGGGCUGCAUGUCGAGGGUGCCUCGUGGGGCCCUGGCCGAGCACCGGCAGCACUGCCAACACGGUGCCCAUCAGCGCUGCCCUCUGGGAUGUGGGGCCAGCCUGGGCCCAGCCGAGCGUGCAAACCACAACUGCUACCGUGAACUGCGCGAGGCCUGGUGCCAGCGCCAGGAUCGCAGCCGGACCCUGGUGCUAUGCCUGCUGCGGCGCAUGCGCAAGGUGCACCGGGCCACCAACCUCAUCCGCCGGCAGCUGGCGCAGCUCGAGGACUUCCUGGAGGAAGACGAUGCCCUGCUCCUGGGCGCCCCCCAAGAGGAGGCUGAGGCCAGCCCAGAAAGCAGCACUGGGGCUGAGGUUGGGGGGCCCAAGGCCAAAGUACCUUGUAAAUAG